AUGCCACCUGUAGGCAGUCAGAAGGGAUGAGAAAUCUGGUGCGCUGGCUGUCACUGGCUGUCUGUAUAUAUAGACUGAAUGCAGACCUGAUUUCCCAUUUACACCCCCCAUUUCAAGUUAUUUCUACACAUCCCUGUGUCUUUCCAUUUACCUAUGGCGAUGUAACCUACUACAGUUGCAUCUCUGUCCACAGUGACUUUGAUUGGUGCUCUUUUGACAAAGAAUUCCGAGGCAGGUGGCGAUAUUGCACAAUGAGCGAUCCUCCCCGGUGUGUCUUUCCCUUCUUAUUCAGACAAAAACUCUAUAAUGAAUGUACCAAGGAUGGCUAUAUUUUGGAUCGGAGUUGGUGUUCAUUGACAGGCGAUUACAACAAAGAUGGGAAAUGGAAGCAGUGUUCUCCUAACAAUACUUAGAAAAGUCUCCAUGUUCUCGAAGAGAUAAAGUUACUGAUUCAUCAUCUGCCUCUCAAAAUAGAAUUCCAUCCUUUUCAAUCCUGAUAAUUCUGAUCAAUAAAGAUUGGGACCCUUUUCCAUG